AUGGGUCGACGGAAGAUCGAGAUCAAGGCAAUCAACGAUGACCGCAAUCGCUCAGUUACAUUCUUAAAGCGCAAAAGCGGUCUGUUCAAGAAGGCUCACGAGCUCUCGGUGCUGUGUUCAGUCGAUGUCGCCGUUAUCAUCUUUGGCCAUAACAAGAAACUCUACGAAUUCUCGUCAGGCGACAUUCGCGAGACUCUCACCAAAUACCAUCACUAUGGUGCUCCUCAUGAACACAAAGGCCCCCAUGACUUCGCUGGGAAAGGCGGCGACGACGAAGAAGAAGACGAUGAAGUGGCUGCUGAAGAACUUGGCCCGCCUGGUCAAUCUAUGAUCCCGCCGCAGCUUCAGAACCAAGCCGGCUACCAACACAUGAACCACGCUCCAUCUGCCUCGCCUCCUAUUCCUAAUGGUGUUGCUUAUGACCCUCGUCAUGGCACCCCGCAACCACAAGGCUCGUCUCGUCCAUCUUCGCGUAAUCAUAUACGGCAAGUAAGCUCGCAUUAUGGCGCGCAUCCUGCCCAUGCCACUCCUCCACCUCCGGCUCACAAUGGAUACACCUACAUGUCGAAUCCUGCAGUCUACAAUUCUAAUCCAAACCCUUCGAAUAUGCAUAAUCAGCCUCAAAGGCAAGGUCAAUACCAGCAAUUUGCCCACCCUGCUCACCCUCACCAGCAACCUCCUCAGCACCAUGGCUUGCCCACUCACCAAAACCAGUCAAUGCAUCAUCAAUACAUGCAAGACCAACAAGGAAGGCAAUCUCUGCCUCCGGAUUCCCAGUCCUACCAACACCGUCCUUCGUUGGCGCUGCCUGAUCCUUCCGGCGCGCAGCAGUCGGGCGAUGGGAAGGGAGAUGGAAGCCAAUCCCCUAAAACGAAGGCUCGCAGUAUCUUCACACCCAUCGAUGAUAAGACCUCGGUUUUCUCUAGUCAUUUCUUUGGCGGGUCAACAUUACGUGAAUCUCCUCAGCGUGAUACGGCCGGCAAGCAAACCCAAGCACCCCCGGUGACGGCCAGUCAGACACUGCCGUUGCCUACUGCAAGCGCGCCGCCACCGCUGCCUCGAGCAACCACUGAACCUAAACGGUCGCAAUCCGCCUCAUCAUUAACUGACCCCCAGCAGCCCUCCCGUCCGAAGCCGCGACUCAAGGUCCAGAUCCCGAGCGAGCAGUCAGAUGGCAGUGGAUCAGCAGACUCGUCCCCUCGUGACUCGACGGGACAAACGUCAUCGACUCCUGCGAAAAAGAAUUCAGAUUCAGGCCCCUCAGGAGUUGUGCAGUUGCCACCGCCGCCGCCUUCUCCUGGAGCCGGGCCUCUUUUGAGCGCUGGUGCGCAAGGACCCCCGAACCCAUUUGCACGACCUACGCAGCCGGCGUCUAAUUCACAGAAUGGCUCUGGUUACAACAAUAACCAAAAUAUGGAAACCCCAAUCUCUGCUCUUCCUAGUCGCUUUGUCUCGGACGCGCUUCUACCGUCUCCGUCGAGCUUCUUCCCCGAAUGGGGCUUUUCACGCAGUGGUGGUCCAGACACAAAUAUGCUGCCCAGUCCACUAACAUUCCCGACACCGGCUGCUCAAAGCGGGCCGGGAUUUUCAAGAGAUGAUGAGUCGGACAAAAAACGCAAGAAUUCCGACGACGAAGUCUCUGUUGGCUCAGGAGGAAAGAAAGUCAAGACGUGA